AUGUUUCCAUUAAAAAAUUUAAGGGGAAUUAUUCGUACAAACAGAUUAUUAAAUAUAUCUUUAAUAAUCAACGAAACAACAAAAGGCAUCAAAUCGUCAUCACGUACAUUUGCUACUACUACUGCCACACAAACAUCAUCAAAGGUAACGCAUGCUGAUUCGGAAACACAUCCAGAUACCGCAAAAAUACUAGAGAGACAAUCCAAUUACUUCAUCAACACAUAUAAUCGCCCACCGAUUAUUUUCUCUAGAGGAAAAGGAUGUUUUAUAUAUGAUUUGGCAGACCGUGAAUAUUUAGAUUUCUCGUCUGGUAUAGCAACUAACGCUUUCGGUCAUGCGGAUGAAGAAGUUGCUAAUGUGUUAUCAGAACAAGCAAGAAAACUUGUCCAUACAUCGAAUCUAUAUUUUAACGAGCAUGCUGGUAGAUUGGCUGAAUUAUUAGUAAAAUCAACAAAAGAAGGCGGUGGAUUUGAUGCGGCAAAAGUAUUUUUUGCGAAUACUGGUACAGAAGCUAACGAAGGAGCAUUUAAAUUUGUUAGAAAAUGGGCAAAAGUUUCUUCUGGUAAACAGGACAAAAUCGGUAUAGUAUCAUUCACCAACGCGUUCCACGGUAGAACAUUGGGUUCGUUAUCGGCUACACACAAUAUAAAACAACAAAUUCCAUAUGCACCCUUGGUGCCAGGAUUUACGUUUGCGCCUUUCAAUGAUACAAGUAAAAUUAAUGAGCAUGUCAAUCAGAAUACUUGUGCUGUUAUUAUUGAACCGAUACAAGGUGAAGGUGGUCUUUGGGUUGCUACUCAAGAAUUUUUAGAAGCUUUAAGAAAAAGAUGUGAUGAAGUUGGAGCUUUGUUGAUUUAUGAUGAGGUUCAGUGUGGACUUGGCCGUACUGGUAAAUUUUGGGCGCAUCAAAGAUUUCCAAAAUCGUGUCAUCCAGAUAUUUUAACAAUGGCGAAACCUUUAGCAAAUGGAUACCCAAUUGGUGCAGUCAUGACAACUCAACGUGUGGCCGAUAGUAUUGAAGUUGGUGAUCAUGGUUCAACAUUUGGAGGAGGUCCAUUAGCCUGUAAAUUAGCAUUAUCAGUGAUAAAACGUAUUAAUAGCCCAGAACUUUUAGCAAAUGUAAACAAGGUCGGAGAAUUUUUUAUGAAAGAAAGUAAAGAAUUGAAAUCAAAAUAUCCAUCGCUUAUUAAAGAAGUACGUGGACAUGGAUUGAUGAUUGGUGUCCAAUUUAAUAAGGAUCCAGCACCAUUGUUACGAUUAGCAAGAGAGAGAGGUUUAUUAAUUAUUACAUCUAGUAAUCAUACAAUUAGAUUUUUACCACCAUUGAUAAUAAAAGUAGAAGAGGCUAAGCAUGAAGAAGAUUUUUUAAAUUCUUCAAAUUCAUCUAAUCGUCAAUUGGAUUCAAACUCACCAGGAUUUCAUAAACUUAGACCUUCUGAUACUCAAGGUUAUAUCAAAACUAAUAUUCAUGAUGACUCCACAAGACCAGAUUAUAUGAUAUCACCAUUAGAAAAUGGUUUACGAGAUAGUAUGAGUACUUUAAAAAAACAUCCAUAUGAAGGAUAUUCAUCUUUAUGGAAAGGACAAUUUGCAACUUGGUUGUAUGAAAUUGGAUAUCUUUAUUUUCAACCAAACCUUGAAGGCAAGUUAAAUGAGACCUUUGAUUUAUACGAUGACACAAUUCCUUUAAUCUAUUUGGAUCAUGCUACACCAAAUGUCGUCACAAAAGUUGCUAGUCAUUUAAUAGUUGGUGUACUUUUAAGUCCUUUGGAAAUAGUUAGAACCAGAUUGAUUGUUCAAUCAUCAUCGCCAUCUCAUAAAAAAUAUAACGGAACAUUUAAUUGUUUAAGUCAAAUUAUUAGAGAAGAAGGAUUUUCAUCAUUAUAUUGGUCACAUAAUUUAUUACCUUCAAUAGUAUACCACACAGUUGUACCAUUAUUGCAGUGCACAAGAGAUUUAUUCAUUGAACGUAUAUUUCAUAUCUCACCAACUGAAUCGCCGAUUUUAUUCGGGUUUGCACAAUUUGGUUUAUCAACUUUACAACUAAUAAUCACUUUACCGUUGGAAACUAUACGUAAACGUUUGCAAUGUCAAAUUAAAACACGUAAACCUGGUAGACCAUUUAAAACAAUUGUUCAAACACGUCAAGCUCAUUAUUUUGGUAUGUUGGACGCUACUUAUAGAAUUGUCUUGGAGGAAGGAAUUAGUCAAAAAUAUGUAUCUGAUAAUGAUGGCACAUCACAUCCAUCGCUUAAUAAACUUAAACGCAACAAACGUAGACAACGUGGUUGGUUAGAUAAUUAUGGGAUUGGUAAUUUAUAUCAAGGAUUUUAUAUGCAUUUAACUAUGAAUUUUGCUACUUUCUUAUUUCAAGUUGUAAAUGGAAAUGAAGACGAAUAUGAUGAUAUUUGA